CUUGUUUUCCCGGGAAACGCCAACUUCCAUAGGAGCGGCCAUGGCAGCGCCACGAGGUCCCAAACCGCUUCUCCCUCCUCCUUCUCCUCCUCCUUGUCCUCGCCUCUACGCCGACUCUCAAUGCCGAUCUUCUCAAUGAUCCCUGCUGAACCGGCAAUUUGAUGGUUCCAUUUCCUACCAGCCUCAGCGAUGGAUCACUACAAGGCGUUAGGGUUGCAGAGGAGCGCGACGAAGGAGGAGAUCAAGGAAGCGUUCCGGAAGCUCGCGAUGAUGUACCACCCCGACAAGCACUCUCAGGCCUCAAAGGCCGUCAGGGACAACGCCACCCUUCGUUUCAAGCAGCUCUCCGAGGCCUACGAGGUCCUGAUCGACGACCGCAAGCGCGCCGACUACAACAUCCGCUCCAGCCAUCAGAGUCGCUACGGCGGAGGCGGCACGAGCUCGGCGUAUGGGCAAGGGUACGGGUAUUACAAUCAUAGCUAUAGGGACGGCGAGAGGUAUAAGAAUUAUACUUAUGGCGGGGCCAGUAGGGAGGGCGGUGGCCUGGCCGCGAAGUUUGAGGCGGCGCUGCGGUUCAUGACCACGAGAAUGUUCCUCCUCAAUGUCGCAUUCGCUGGGGCUUUGUUGGGAGGAACAGUCGUAAUCGAUAGGAGCAGGGAAGUCCUGUGGAAGAUGCAGAACUCUGGGAAAUCAUUUGAAGAGACAAUGGAAUCAAUUGAGAAGGCCAAAGCACAGAGGGAUAAUGUGUAAAAAGUGCUUUUGCCAUCCGUUCUGUAACAAGAUGGUGCGGCUGUUGCAUAUGAUUGAGGAUUUCCGGUAUCGCACAUAUAGCUCUUAUUUUUGAUAUGGUUGUACACAAAGGCUUCAUAAAUGCCUAGUGAUGUGAAUUAUAUGCUUGUCUAUGAAGAUAAUGUAAAGGAUGUAAACUGAUGUUUGUAAAAUGAAGAAAGAAAUAAUGGAAAUGUUCAUAUCAUAUGUUCGCAUCGA